UCCACCGGUGAAUUGCUGGUAGCCAACAUGCUCAAACAACAGCAAGAUUCCGUACACAACAACCCAAGUCCGAACCAUAGACCGGCGGCACAUGGAAUAAUAUAAUAAGGCGCCUCUGUUCAUCCUCUAUCACCAUUUUUAUAUAUAUUCCCCCAAAACUCCCUUCUUCCUCAUCCAUCACUUUAUUCACUCUAUCAAUUUCAUCAUUUCUUCUCUCCACCCAAAUGGGGUUUCCAAUUACACUCACCGGAUUAUUGAAAUCCGUCGCCGAAACUUUCCCUCACCGGAGAGCCUUAUCCGUAUCCGGAAAGUUCGAUCUCUCACAUUCCCGUCUCCAACACCUCGUUGAUUCCGCCGCCUCUAAACUCGCCGCCGGCGGUAUCAAGCCCGGCGAAGUCGUUGCCCUUGUUUUCCCAAACACCGUCGAGUUUGUGAUCAUGUUUUUGGCUGUGAUCCGAGCUCGAGCCACUGCGGCGCCACUCAACGCCGCCUACACGGCAGAGGAGUUCGAAUUUUACUUAUCGGACUCCGAAUCAAAGCUGUUGGUUACGUCUAUAGAAGGCAACGGCCCGGCCGAGACGGCAGCGUCUAAACUCAAAAUCAAGCACGUGACCGCUUCACUUCCCGAUGCAGGUGCCGAGUUGGUUGUCUCUUUGACUAAGUCCAACUCGAAUGGUUCCGAGUCUGACUCAUUUCUUGAAGUCCUCAAUGAAGGAUCCGACGUGGCGUUAUUCCUUCACACGUCAGGCACCACGAGCCGUCCCAAAGGCGUCCCAUUGACUCAGUUCAAUUUGGCCUCCUCGGUUAACAAUAUUAUAUCGGUUUACCAACUCACUGAGUCCGACUCCACCGUUAUUGUCCUUCCAUUAUUCCACGUCCACGGAUUAAUGGCUGGAUUACUAAGUUCACUAGCUGCCGGAGCUGCCGUUUCUUUACCGGCAGCCGGGAGAUUCUCGGCGUCGACAUUCUGGGCCGACAUGAUCCAAUACAACGCCACGUGGUACACUGCCGUGCCUACAAUCCAUCAAAUCAUACUAGACCGGCACUCAAACAAACCGGAAAAGGUUUACCCGAAGCUCCGGUUCAUUAGAAGCUGCAGUGCGUCGUUAGCUCCAAGUAUCCUGAACCGGUUGGAGGAGGCGUUUGGGGCGCCGGUUCUGGAGGCGUACGCGAUGACGGAAGCGACACAUCUGAUGUCGUCGAACCCAUUGCCGGAAAACGGUCCGCACAAGGCCGGGACGGUGGGUAAACCCGUGGGUCAAGAAAUGGUGAUACUGGACGAGAACGGCAUCGUUCAGGAAGCGAAUGUGAAAGGGGAAGUUUGUAUCAAGGGUUCGAAUGUGACGAAGGGGUACAAAAGUAAUCCGGUGGCGAACGAGGAAGCGUUCCGUUACGGGUGGUUUCACACCGGAGAUAUUGGGUAUUUUGAUUCUGAUGGGUAUUUGCAUCUUGUUGGUCGGAUCAAGGAAUUGAUCAACCGUGGAGGGGAAAAGAUAUCGCCGAUUGAAGUGGACGCAGUGUUGUUGGCUCAUCCGGAGGUGGCGCAAGCUGUCGCAUUCGGGGUUCCCGACGAUAAGUAUGGGGAGGAGAUAAAUUGUGCUAUAAUCCGAAGAGAAGGAUCAAAGAUUGGAGAGGAAGAUGUAUUGAGGUUUUGCAAGAACAAUUUGGCUGCUUUCAAAGUCCCCAAGAAAGUGUUUCUUACCGAUUCACUCCCCAAAACUGCUUCCGGCAAAAUACAACGUCGAAUCGUAGCAGCUCAUUUCCUCCACCAAGGUUCCUGAUAAGAUGAUCAAUCUCCACCUGAUCAACGUAAUAAAAAAGAGCAGAUAGAUUAUUGGUGGAUUCUUAGUCGAACUAUGAGGUCUUGAUUUCAUGGAAGUUCUAAGAAACUUUGAUUGUUAACUUAAUAUUAGACUAUCAAUAUAAAGUUUAGGAAUAGACGUUGAAAUAAACAAAAUUUUGGUGGAAAUAUUAUCAUUAAUGUGACUAAAUGUGUAUCAUUUACUAUUU